AUGAAUUGGGAGGAUCGAGCUGUGAGCGCCGUCUACCCGGUGGUUCAAGGGUUCCUUUCGAUUUUGGGGAAGAUUUGUACUCCUUUCAAGGUGGCCCCUUCAGAGACCACGCUGCCAACUGCUCCACCAAACACCCCUGACACGCCCAUGCCAGAGAUCGAAGCUGCUCUGUCGGAACUCUGGGCGAAAAAGGAUGAGUGGGCGAAUGUGUCGGCUGGUGAGAGGGCCAAACUUCUGGAAGCCUGCCUGACGCACGUUGUCGAUGUGGCGAGGGAGACUUCCAAGGUUGGGACUCAGGCUCAUGGGUCCUAUGGCCUUGGACCCAAUGGUGAGGAAAUGCUGUACUGGUCAUCAACCGUCCUGGGGAUGAGCACUCUUCUACGUGCAAUGCGUGCGAAUGGGCAACCAAAGCCGAUGACCCUGCAGCAACGUCCAAAUGGACAGUUUGUUGCUGAGGUCUUCCCGCAAGGGGUCAAUGGACUCAUCAUGGGAGGAAUGAAGGGAGAGGUGUGGAUUCAGAAGGGCAAGCCACCUACUCAAGGCCGAAUCUACAGGGAUAAAGAUGCCCAGAACGGGAAACUGACUGGCCAGGUUGGCCUGGUUCUAGGGGCUGGGAAUGUUGUGAGCACAACGGUCAUCGACAUACUGCACAUGCUGCUGGUUGAGGACCAUGUUGUGAUUGUCAAAAUGAACCCAGUCAAUGCCUUCUAUGGACCAUUUGUGGAAAAGGCUGUGGCCCCAUUCCACUGCCGUGGGUUUGUGAAGAUUGUCUAUGGUGGCGCUGAUGUUGGCUGCCAUCUUUGCCAUUCGCCGAUGGUGACCACCGUGCAUCUGACGGGCUCAGAGCGGACGUUCAAUGCCAUUGUGUGGGGAGGGCAGCCGAAACCGGGAGAUGGAAAGAAGCCACUUAACAAAGUCAUCAGGGGAGAGCUGGGUUGCGUCACACCUUGCAUUAUAUUUCCUGGUAAUUGGACGGACAGGGAGCUUGAGGAGCAAGCAAAGGGUGUUGCAACAGGGCUGGUCAUGAACAGUUCCCACAACUGCUGUGCUCAUGAGGUGAUAGUCACGAGCAGGGACUGGCCCCAGCGAGGUGCAUUCUUGUCCCACCUGCGCGCUGUCCUCUCAAAGGCGCAACGGAGAGUUCCAUGGUACCCAGGUAGCAAACGGAAUUAUCAGCUGUUCUUUAAACAGUUUCCUGAUGCGGAGAAGCUGGGGACAGGGGCAGCUGGAGAAGACGACGCCACAGAGCCUUGGGGCUUCAUGUCUGGGCUGUCUCCCGAUGAAGCUCAGACAAGAAGAGAAAACUGGUGUGGAGUCCUUCAGGAAGUGUGCCUGCCUGGCUGUGGCAAUGAUGUUGACAAGUUUUCCAGGGAGGCUGUUGCCUUUGCAAACAACAAGUGCUGGGGCACACUGUCAUGCUCCUUGAUAGUGCAUCCUGCCACAAAACGUGCAUUCCCCCGUGCGGUGGAGCAUGCAUUGGAAGAGCUCAAAUAUGGCACCAUCGUCGUGAACGGCCCGGCACCAGUGGGGUUUGCCAUUAUGCCCUUGACUUGGGGGGCAUACCCAGGAAACACCCUGGAAGACAUCGGGUCUGGCAACUGCCUUGUCCACAACACGUACCUCUAUGACCACCCAGAGAAGAGCGUGCUGCAUGUGCCUUGGAACUUCUAUCCCCCUUUCUGGCUGCACACGUUCUCCAACUUGGGGCAAGUGAUGGAGCCUGUGCUGAGUUUCGUCGCCAGGCCCACCAUCUACAGCUUGAUGCGCAUCAUUCUCCCCGCCUGCCGAUCUCAGAAGUGA